GCUUAACGGUCCUUUGGUCUCUCUCUCCCCUCAGCUGAGUCCCUUCCCUGUCUUUCACUCUUCUGGCAUCGGUGGUUUUACUUCUUCGAUUGAACCCUGCUUCCUCGACCCCCCAGGGAGGCCGCCUCCUUCAGGCGCCUCCCUUCUCUCCACGAACUCGCUCUGACAGCUGAGGAACUGGCAAGAUCCUGCUACCCAGAGGGUGAAUGGGUAUCUUUCCCGGAAUAAUCCUAAUUUUUCUAAGGGUGAAGUUUGCAACGGCGGCCGUGAUUGUAAGCGGACACCAGAAAAGUGCCACUGUAAGCCAUGAGAUGUCUGGUCUGAAUUGGAAACCCUUCGUAUAUGGCGGCCUUGCCUCUAUUGUUGCUGAGUUUGGAACUUUCCCUGUGGACUUGACCAAAACGCGACUUCAAGUUCAAGGCCAAAGUAUUGAUGUCCACUUCAAAGAGAUAAAAUACCGAGGAAUGUUUCAUGCCUUGUUCCGAAUCUAUAAGGAAGAAGGUGUAUUGGCUCUGUAUUCAGGAAUCGCUCCUGCUUUACUAAGACAGGCAUCAUAUGGCACCAUUAAAAUUGGCAUUUACCAGAGCUUGAAGAGAUUAUUUGUAGAACGUUUAGAAGAUGAAACUCUUUUAAUUAAUAUGAUAUGUGGGGUAGUGUCAGGAGUGAUAUCUUCCACUAUAGCCAAUCCCACCGAUGUGCUAAAGAUUCGAAUGCAGGCUCAAGGAAGCUUGUUCCAAGGCAGCAUGAUUGGCAGCUUCAUUGAUAUAUACCAACAAGAAGGUACCAGGGGUCUGUGGAGGGGUGUUGUCCCAACUGCUCAGCGGGCUGCCAUCGUUGUGGGAGUAGAGCUACCAGUCUAUGACAUUACGAAGAAGCACUUAAUAUUAUCAGGGGUGGUGGGAGACACAAUCUUAACUCACUUUGUUUCCAGCUUUACAUGCGGCUUGGCUGGGGCUCUGGCUUCCAAUCCAGUUGAUGUGGUUCGAACUCGCAUGAUGAACCAGAGGGCAAUUGUGGGACAUGUGGACCUCUACAAAGGCACUUUGGAUGGUAUUUUAAAGAUGUGGAAACAUGAGGGCUUUUUUGCACUCUAUAAAGGAUUUUGGCCAAACUGGCUUCGACUUGGACCCUGGAACAUCAUUUUUUUUAUUACAUACGAGCAGCUCAAGAGGCUUCAAAUCUAAGGACUGAAUAUAUGUGAGUCAAGCCCUGCCAACCUUUCUACUCUUCUUUUCCCUUUUUCUGUGUUCUAAUGUAUUUUGACAAAGUUGUAAGUGUUUACUGAAUCAUUGGUCUCCCAAGGCCCUCCUGAUGGAAGAACGAUAGGAUGGUUCAAAAUUGCUCAUGUGUUUGUGUUGCCAUGUGAACUUUUCCCUGAGAGGGAGUAUUAACACUGAGACUCUGGCCCCAGAUUGGUAUCUUCUGUGAAGAUGGAUACUGAUAGAUGACACUCAAAAUGACCUUCUCUUCAAAUGUGGGUUAAAUGUAGUUUGUUAGCCCCAGACUUGGGCUAGAGCAGAAGGCAUAGGCCAGGGCAGUUACUGCUAUUUAUGUUACAGACCUCGGUUCUCAUUAAAGUAUUUAUUGGCAGAA